AUGCGAGAUAUGUAUAAACCAACACAGCAUCUACCACCAUUGGGACGUUCUGAUCACAAUUGCCUUCUAUUAGUGCCAAAACAGAAAGAAAAAGCACCAACAAUUCCCAGAAAGGUAAGACUCUUAUCACCUGGAAAAGUAAAUGUCUUAUGCAGAAAACUUAUUCUUGAAGAUUGGUCGGAGGUCUUUAAUGUAGAAGAUGUAAAUGAAAAAGUAAAUGCUUUUACCUCAAUGAUGCUUAGUAUUAUGGAUGAAACUAUUCCUGAAAAAACAGUACGAAUGCAUACUUCAGAUAAACCUUGGAUGACAAGCUUUAUAAAAUCAAAGAUCAAAGCCAGACAACGUGCUUUCUCAUGUAAUAAUCAAGCACGUUAUGAAAAACUAUGUUCUGAUGUCUCAAAACUUAUAAACAACGCCAAAAUUUCAUAUUACAAACGAAAAGCAAAAGACUUUCGUACGACUAGCCCUCAAAAAUGGUAUAAAUCAAUCUUCUUAAUGUUGGGAAUUAAUAACGGGAAUAAUGUAAAAAGAAAUGUUUACGAUGAAAAUGUACUGGAACUAGCUGAAAAAUUACAACAAGUCUUUACAAAACCUUGGUUAAACCAAUUACCCAACUACGAAAUUGAAGAUAACUUGAUCAACCAAACGCUUAAGGAUAUUAAACCUCCUUUACCAUCUAUUGGACAGGUCAAGAGCUGUCUACAGCACCUAAAUCCUAGAAAAGCAACAGGUGAUGACAAAAUUCCGGCAUGGAUACUUAAACGUUUUUGCGAAGAUCUUGCACCAGUCGUACACAAUAUAGUCACCACAAGUAUAAAACAAUGCAAGUACCCCAGCCAAUAUAAACAUGCACUAAUAACUCCAGUUGCUAAAGUUAAUAAUCCAAGCAAUGUUGAAAAUGACUUCAGACCUAUAUCUGUCCUUCCUCAAAUGGCUAAAGUAAUAGACAAACUUCAACUCCAUUUGAAUAAAUCAGAUUUCAAAAUAAAGACUAACCAACAUGCCUUUACUCAUGGCCGAUCUACUGUAUCUGCUCUAAUAUCUAUGACACAAAAUUGGUAUAAUGCAACAGAUAAUUCUCAAUUAGGAAGAACGCAACAAGUCAACCUACAAGGAGCCAUGUCAUCCAUCCAACCUUGCUCUUUGGGCGUGCCACAAGGCGCUGUCAUAUCACCAGUGCUCUUUAAUGUAUAUAUAAAUGAUUUAAAGGACAAUAUUCCUAAAGAAAUAGAUGCUAAUACAUGUAAAUAUGCGGAUGAUUGCACUCAGAACCAGAUUGUUGAAAGAGGUGAAUGCAGUUCCAUGCAAAAAGUAAUCGACGAAUUACGGAAAUGGGCUGAUAAUAACAGAAUGGCUCUGAAUCCGAAAAAAAACAAAGGAUAUGUGGAUAUGCUUUACGGACUCAAUACAAGAACCACCCUCCCUAUUUAUUGGAGAAGAAGAAAUAAAAAGAGUUACUAA